AUGCCGCCCAAAAGGUCUGCUGCAGCAGGCAAAAAAUCCGCCUCCGGUCUUACACGAACAUACCUGUUCCUUUACAAUCUCCUCAACUUCACCCUCUGGGCAACCUGCACUAUCCGCACCGCUCUCGCGCUCUUCGAGAAAUACCAACAGAAUGACCUCCGAACCAUCUCCUCUAUCCCGAACGAUGUCUUCCCGCUGUUACUAAUAACCCAAUCGCUGGCCGCGCUCGAAAUCCUGCACUCCCUCAUCGGCGUCGUGCGUGCACCGGUCAUCACAACAGCGAUGCAAGUCGCUUCUCGCUUCGUGGUGGUCUGGGGCAUUAUGUACGCCUUCCGUGAAGGUUCGGAGUUGUACGAUGGCGUUCUAUCGAAGUACUUCCCCGACAUCCCCUUUGUGCGCCAAUUUACGAGUCAAGGGUUGAUGGGUGUACCUGGAAAGACUCAAUACGGGGAUUUGGCGUUCUUUGGAUGUAUGUUUGCCUGGGGCAUAACGGAGUGUAUUCGAUAUGGAUUCUUUGUGUUGCAGCUUGGUGGCUUGUCGGUGCCGGGGUGGUGGCAGUGGUUGAGGUACAACACAUUCUUCGUCCUGUAUCCCAUCGGAAUCUCGUCCGAAUGCUUGUUCAUGUACCUCUCGCUCGAUCAUGCAGAGAAGUAUGUGCACGAGUAUUACAAAUGGUUCUUGAUGCUCGUCAUGGGAAUUUAUGUUCCAGGUAGCUAUAUCCUCUACACACACAUGAUGGCGCAGCGCCGACGAUUUAUGCGAGGAAAGAGCCGUGUUGAUUAA